AUGCAGCAUUGCUCGGAAAGUUAUACUCACGUAAACGUUCAAAAACUCAAAAUUCAGAAUCAUUUGAAGGAUGUAUACCGCCUCACAUACUUUGAAUUUUAUUUAAUUUUUUCUUUCCCUCCUUCUUUAUUUUCCUCUUCACUCCUUUCCUUCUUUCCUUCUUCCCGUUCUUCUUUCCUUCUUCCAUCCCUUCUUUCUCUCCUUCUUCCCUUCUUUCUUCCCUCCCUUCUUUCUUUCCUUCUUCCCUUCCUUCUUCCCUCCCUUCUUUCCUUCCUUCUUCCCUCUUUCUUUUCUUCUUCCCUUCCUUCUUCUCUUCCUUCUUCCCUUCUUUCCUUCCUUCUUCCCUUCUUUCCUUCUUCCCGUCCUUCUUUCCUUCUUUCAUCCCUUCUUUCUCUCCUUCUUCCCUUCUUUCUUCCCUCCCUUCUUUCCUUCCUUCUUCCCUUCCUUCUUCCCUCCCUUCUUUCCUUCCUUCUUCCCUCUUUCUUUCCUUCUUCCCUUCCUUCUUUCUUUCCUUCUUCCCUUCCUUCUUUCCUUCCUUCUUUUCUCUUUCUUUCCUUCUUCCCUUCCUUCCUUCUUUCCUUCUUCCUUCCUUCUUUCUUUCUUUCCUUCUUUCCUUCCUUCUUUCUUUCAUUCUUCUCUUCCUUCUUCCCUUCUUUCCUUCCUUCUUCCCUUCUUCCUUCUUCCGUCCUCUUCCUUCUUCCCUCCUUUCUCUCCUUCUUCCCUUCUUUCUUCCUUCCUUCCUUUCUUCUUCCUUCCUUCUUCCCUUCCUUCUUCCCUCCUUCUUUCCUUCCUUCUUCCCUCUUUCUUUCCUUCUUCCUUCCUUCUUUCUUUCCUUCUUCCCUUCCUUCUUUCUUUCCUUCUUUCCUUCCUUCUUUCCUUCCUUCUUCUUCUUUCCUUCCUUCUUCCUUCUUUCCUUCUUCCAAGCCUUCUUUUCCUUCUUCCAUCCCUUCUUUCUCCUCUCCCUUCUUUCUUCUUUUCUUCCUCCUUCUUUCUUUCCUUCUUCCUUCCUUCUUUCUUUCCUUCUUCCCUCCUUCUUUCUUCCUUCUUUCUUUCCUUCUUCCCUUCCUUCUUUUCUUUCCUUCUUCCUUCCUUCUUCCCUUCUUUCCUUCCUUCUUCCCUUCUUUCCUUCUUUCUUUCCUUCUUCCCUCCCUUCCUUCUUUCUUUGCUUCUUCCCUUCCUUCUUUUUUCCCUUCUUUCUUUCCUUUUCCCUCCCUUCUUUCUUUUCUUCUUCCCUUCCUUCUUUCUUUCCUUCUUUCCUUCCAUCCUUCUUUCUUUCUUUAA